GGGCGGAGACAGCUUCAAGAAGUCGACGCCCGCGUCCUGCCGCGGGGCUGGUACCCAGAGGCCGCCGCCGCCUCGCCGACUUCUUGUGGCUGCCCGGGCGCGGAGUAUGGGACUCUGAUGGCCAUGGACGGCUACAGGGGCUUCCUGGGGCUGCUGGUGUCGGGGCUACUCGUCGGCUUCCUGUCCGUGAUCUUCACCCUCGUCUGGGUCCUCCACUACCGGGAGGGGCUCGGCUGGGAUGGGACCGCGCUCGAGUUUAACUGGCACCCGGUGCUUGUGGUCACUGGCUUCGUCUUCAUCCAGGGCAUCGCCAUCAUCGUAUACAGACUGCCAUGGACCUGGAAAUGCAGCAAGUUCCUGAUGAAAUCCAUCCAUGCGGGGUUAAACACCGUUGCUGCCAUUCUUGCAAUAAUUUCUCUGGUGGCCGUUUUUGAUUACCACAAUGCCAGGAGUAUCCCCAAUAUGUACAGCCUGCACAGCUGGAUUGGACUCAUAGCUGUCAUACUCUACAUGUUACAGCUUCUCCUAGGUUUUUUAAUCUUUCUGCUUCCUUGGGCUCCACCUUCUCUCCGAGCACUUGUCAUGCCCAUUCACGUUUACUCUGGACUUCUCAUCUUUGGAACAGUGAUUGCAACAGCACUUAUGGGAGUGACUGAAAAACUGAUUUUUGCCCUGAAAGAUCCUGCAUACCAUUCAUUCCCACCAGAAGGUGUUUUCACAAAUACCCUUGGCCUUCUGAUUCUGCUGUUUGGGGCCCUCAUUUUUUGGAUAGUCACCAGGCCACAAUGGAAACGUCCUAAUGAACCAAAUUCUAUCCUUCAGCCAAACGGAGGCAAUAAAGAAGAAGUGGAAGGUUCCAUGGCAAUAAACACUGGCAAUGUGGACAAAUCAGAUUCAGAGUUAAACAGUGAAGCCGCAGCAGGGAAAAGAAACUUCACUCUUGAUGAGGCUGGACAGAGAUCCACCAUGUAAAAUGUAGUAGAGAGGUAGCCAUAUAACUUCACUUUUAGAAACUAGCUCUACAGUUUUGCUUCUCCUAUUUAGCCAUAAGAUGGUUGAGCUCCACAGAGUCAAUAUUUAUUUUAAUCAUAAAGUAGGAUUUCUUGAAAGAGUCUGUAUUGAUUGAGGCCUAUGAGUUUACCUGAAUUGGAACGGAGAUGAUCAAUGUAAAUAAUAGCAGAAAUAAACUGUGGUUAUGUUACCUCUUUUCUUGUUGAGGACCAAAGCAUUUAGCACAGUGCCUUGCAAAGAAUAGAGCUCAAAAUGUGUCUAUUUGUUGGUAAAUUUGAUAAACUGGCAGCAUCCCUGGCCUCUUGUCAUGAAGUCAUUUUAGAACUAGGUAGAACCAGUCCUGAAGUCAGAUCACGAAUAUCUGGGCCAGGGUUUACGCUACACAGAUGUCAUGACUAGACCACAGAAAAAGUUUUAGGAAAAUAACUGGUUCCCUUCUCCCUGCGCCUACCCUCUGCUCCCUCCCCAGCUGGUCUGGGCUCAGAUUGGCCCUGGAGACCAGGGUUUUUGUCAGGGUAUUUUGGAGCAGUGACUGGGCUGUAGGUAGAGAAGAGAUCUUCUCUGGUCAGACCUGGAAGUUUUUCCAAAACUCGACUUAAUCCCAAGCCUUCCCUGGAGUUUGGCGUAUUUUAUGAUCCAGAUUCCAAACCUAAUUAGAAUGAGAAUAUGCCUGAAUGCUUAAACGGCAACAAACUGCUCUGCAAACCUCAAAGAGCACUUUUUCCCCAAGUUUCUGUUUUUAUUUUAAAAAGUACUUACAUGGUACUUACUAUGUGCAAGACACUGUUCUAAGCACUUUAUAACUAUUAGCUCAUUCAAUCCCCAGAUAAACCUUAGGAAGUAGGUACUAUUAUGAUCUCCAUUUUACAGAUGAGAGAUCUGAAGCUUGGAGAGGUUAGUAACUUGCCCCAAGUUCAUGAGUGGCGGAACUGAGAUUCAAAACCUGGCAGUCUGGCUCCUCAGUCCAUGAUCCUAACCACUUCACUGUGCUGUUUUUUCUGUUUUAUAGUAAUUUGCACGUACUUUGACCCACCCCUGGAUAAUUCUCAAUUGCUGCAGUGCAGUGGAGCUGUUCAAGUUUACCUUUUGGCUCUCUUGAAGGCAGAUGGCCCAAAUAACCAAGGAAAAGGGCCCACCCAUGCCUGGAAAUAGAUCAUGGGCACCCUGCCACUGCCAACUAGCCACGGCCUACUUUGAUGCCCCUUUGAUCUUAAAAUUGUGUCUUGGUGGCAAAGAAGGUUCAGGCAAGAACAUCUGUAGCUUUCAAGAUUAAUCAGUUGCAAUUUUUGUUCUUCAGGAUCUUAGCUGCUGAAUAGCUUUGGGUUUGGAGACAGGAGAGACUUACCUCAUGGUCUGCUCUUCCUGGGGGGAAUAGCUAGGAUCCUUCCUAAUUUUGGUGGAAUUUUAGGGGAUAUCUUGAACUUUGGGUUCUCAGUAGUGAAUUGAGACUCAGAGGUGACAACUUUCAUGCAUGGAGAUCUCUGUCUAGGCUCUGGUCUGACUUAAAUUAAAACCUAGCAUAGUGCCUAUGCUGAAAUGAUGCUUUUUCAUUUUGGGGGUUGUUUUUUGGUUUCCCUGAAAUUUUAAACUGGAACAUUUUGUGUGUGUGUGAGAAAGAUUAGCCCUGAGCUAACACCUGUUGCCAAUCCUCUUCUUUUUUGCUGAAGAAGAUUGGCCCUGGGCUAAUACUGUGCCCAUCUUCCUCUAUUUUACAUGUGGGAUACCUGCCACAGUGUGGCUUGAUAAUCGGUGUGUAGGUCCACGCCCAGGAUCCAAACCUGUGAAUCCCAGGCUGCCAGAAGCAGAGCCCACGAACUUAACCGCUACACCAUGGGGCUGGCCCCUUAAACUGGAACAUUUUAAUGUGGAUAAAACCUUACGGUUUAUAGCAGAUGCACUUAAUAUUUUUGGUGCUUAAUGGAUUUCCUUUAGGUAACUGGUAAUUACUGCCAUAGACUUCACACUAGCUACACUCCAUCACAUCCAUUAAGCUUCACAGAUAACCAUUCAAGAUUCCCUCCCAACAACAGAUUUCUUCUCCUUUAAUUAAUUCUGUUUCCAAAGUUGGUGAUAGUGUCAGAAGGAUCCCCAGUGCCCAGCCCAAUGCCUGUCAUAUAGUAGGCACAAUGAAAUUCAAUAUGGGUAGAGCAUGUUACAGUUUUGUUUCUAAGUGGAAGGAGUAAUUGCAUCGUCACACACAAACAUGUUUUGAUAAAUGGAUGUUUCGUUACAUAGAGGUGCACAAAAUUCCAGUUUUUUGUGGGGAGGGGUUAGUGACAGCCCCAAGAAUUGAAGCUGCCAUUCCAUUUUACAUAUAGGCCAAGAAAGAGGUUAUCAGUGAAAAGUUAAUUAUGGAUUUGGCACUCGAAUAAUCUGCUCCAUUGCAAAGUAUUUGAGCACCCCUCAUCUCAGCCCUUUGUUUUAUCUCUCUUGUGGGCUAAUAUGAGGGUAGUCUUACAGAUAUUAUAGGAACUUCUUUUCUUUCUUUCUCAGCCUUUAUGAAAACAAUGCAUAGUAAAAUAUAUUUAGAAAACCUUUCUGUUUGAGACUCUUCUUUUAAUGGGCUUUUUAUUCUAAUGAUAAUUGUACCUUUAUCUUUCAAAAGCUGGUAUUUCCUACCUAAAGCCUCUCCCCCAAAAAUAUCUCAUUUAAAAGCCCACAAAAAGAAUAGAGGAGAAGAAAGCCUUAGGUACCAAUUCCAAAACCGUGAUUGAAAUCUCCCCAAAUAAUUGUAGCCUAUAUCAUCUGCAGAGAUAGUCUGGCUUGGCUUACCCCAUAAUCUAAUUUCAGAAAAAAAGCUUUAUUUUAACACUCAUCUAAAUCAACACCAAAGCAUUUUCUCUUACGGGGUUUAUUGAGAAACUCAAAUGAAUAUGCAUUUUGAAUUAAUGUUGUCAAAAGUGUACAGCUCCCUGUGCUCCUUGUGUCAGACUGAAUCCAUCCUCCAAAGUACUUUGCUUUUCUUGUGUGGUUUCAUUAAGCUGUGUUGGUUAGAAACAGCAUCUAAGACCUUACAGUCAAAUGACAAAGGAGGCAAAUGCACUUUUUAAGGAAUACUGACAAGUGGUUUCUGUUCUCUAAAGGACAAAAUAAAGAAGAUGUCUUGUUUUUAAUUAGGCUCUUUCCCUGCUGAGUUGGAAAUUCCAGUGCAAUACCGGUUGACCACAACUGCCAAAUCUAAGAGCACAAAUGAAGAAGUAAAGCUUUACGCUAAUUUUAAUGCCAUAUGAUGGAAUUGUGUGUGUGUGUGUAUGAGGUGGACUAGCCCUGAGCUAACAUCCGAUGCCAAUCCUCCCCUUUUUUCUUGAGGAAGACUGGCCCUGGGCUAACAUCCGUGCCCAUCUUCCCCUACUUUAUAUGGGAUGCCGCCACAGCAUGGCUUACCAAGCGGUGUGUUGGUGCAUGCCCAGGAUUCAAACCUGCGAACCCCAGGCCACCACAGCAGAGGGCGUGCAUUUAACCACUGUGCCACCGAGCUGGCCCCCAUAUGAUGGAAUUUUUAUCUUGACGUGUCCUGUUAGAUAAGUCUGACAGAAAGCUUUAACUGCUAUGUCUUACAGCUAAACACAGGAAAAUAUAGAAGAAAGAAAACUAUUAUUCUUUAUAUCCUACAAAGCACCUGAAAAUUUUAAGUGGAAAAGAUUUCUAUGUUUAAAUUUUUCUUUUUAUCUCAGCACAUUUAUGGAAAAAUAUUAAAUAGCCUGAGUAUUUUAUAAUUUUGUAGAAAAAAUAUGCAUCUAUUUUUUCUUGACUUG